AUGACUGUUUUUGUGUUUAUUUUUAUCAGCCACAUCACGUUCCACUGCCUAUUAGCGUGUCUCGUCUACAUUUUCAGCAGCGUUUUGCGACUGACAGUACUCUUUUCCACGGACUUGGACAUCACACCGCCGUGGAAACCGGAUGUGAACGGUGAUAUGGAUACCAAAUACAUUCCCGAGGAGUUCCAGAGGGAAAACGUGGCGGUUACACCUCCAGAGAAAAGCGUAUAUUCAGACUUUCUUGACCAGCCUUACUUCCAGCGCUUCAGCUACCAUGGCAGCCGCCAAAGUCUCAGUCGUCAAAGUGUUCUCAGCUUUGGGGACAAUGGCUCCAUACCUGAAGGCGCUCUUCCAAACUGA